GCUCCUGGUUGGAAGUUGUUUGGUAAAGUCCCACCCAGGGAAAACCUUCCGAAAGAUUCCAAAAUUAUUCAGCAGAAAUCUUCCUGCCAAAUCAGUGGAGGAGGCUUUACGUCACCGACAAGAAUAUGAUGAGAUGGUGGCAGAGGCAAAAAAACGAGAAAUUAAAGAAGCACAUAAAAGGAAAAAAAUAAUGAGAGAGCGUUUCAAGCAAGAAGAGAAUAUCGCAAGUGCUAUGGUGAUUUGGGUGAAUGAAAUACUGCCUAACUGGGAAGGCAUGCGUGCUACCCGAAGAGUUCGAGAGCUGUGGUGGCAGGGAUUACCCCCAAGUGUACGUGGGAAGGUUUGGAGUCUCGCUGUGGGAAAUGAAUUAAAUAUCACUCCUGAACUUUAUGAAAUCUUCUUGUCAAGAGCUAAGGAACGAUGGAAAAGCUUCAGUGAGACAAGUUCUGAGAAUGACAUAGAAGAUGCAGGUGCAUCUGUUGCUGAUCGUGAGGCCAGUCUGGAGCUAAUUAAGUUGGAUAUAUCACGCACAUUUCCAUCCCUGUAUAUUUUCCAGAAGGGUGGUCCUUAUCAUGAUCUCCUGCAUAGUGUUUUAGGAGCAUAUACAUGUUACAGACCAGAUGUGGGAUAUGUACAAGGGAUGUCCUUCAUUGCUGCUGUGCUGAUUCUCAAUCUGGAAGAGGCAGAUGCUUUCAUUGCCUUUGCUAACCUUCUAAACAAGCCAUGCCAGCUGGCCUUUUUCCGUGUGGAUCACAGCAUGAUGCUGAAAUACUUUGCAGCCUUUGAAGUGUUCUUUGAAGAAAAUCUUCCCAAAUUGUUUCUUCAUUUCAAAUCAUACAGUCUUACUCCAGACAUAUAUUUGAUAGACUGGAUUUUUACACUCUACAGCAAGUCAUUACCACUUGAUUUGGCCUGUCGUGUCUGGGAUGUUUUCUGUAGAGAUGGAGAAGAAUUUUUGUUUAGGACAGGGUUAGGAAUCCUUCGGUUAUAUGAAGAUAUUCUCCUACAGAUGGACUUUAUUCAUAUAGCACAGUUUCUAACAAAACUUCCAGAAGACAUUACAUCAGAAAAGCUUUUUAGCUGUAUUGCAGCUAUUCAGAUGCAGAAUAGUAACAAAAAAUGGGCACAGGUGUUUGCCUCACUGAUGAAGGACAACAAGGAAGGGGACAAGAACCACAGCCCAGCACUGAAAAGCUAAUUGUGGUAAUGUUGAGGUCAGUCGAAAAUGCGGAAAACCACUUGAUGACACAGGAGUUUUCACAUCGCUUCUAUGUGGAAAAGCACUAUAGAAAAUGUGAAAAUGAGACUGAAAACCAACACAGCUCUCAGUGGAGUAACGAACUGACAAAAUCUUCACCCUUUUGCCAGUAUUAGCUUUUGUCGUGGGAAGAUUUGUUUUCACACAGAAUACUAAAACCUAUGAAACUGAGAAGCGGGGGAGUUCAUAUUUAAUACUUUAAAAGAAUCAGCUGAAUGCAAUAAACAUUUGUAAUAACUUCUGUUGGUACUUUAAAAAAAAAUUUUGAGGCAUAACUUUUUUUACAAAUACCACAAAGGCACUUUUUGGGGGGGAUGAGGGAAAUGCUAAAUCUUGAGGCCCCAAAACUGCUAUCCAAACCAAAUGCUUUGGUACAAAUAUUACCUCCAAAAUUAACCAUUUGAAAGUAUUGAGGACCAAAUAAGGUUGUUUGGUAUGUUUAUGUGCAAGAUGGUUAAAAUUUGGGAAGGGGUAUUGUCUUAUUUACUUGUUCUUUUUUUUUUUUUUUAAGUUGCAGCUUCAUUCUUCGGUCCGGGCAAAUGUAAUUAACUCAGGAACUGUGGAAGUAUUGUGCCCAAACCUGUUAGAGCAAAAAUCGUGUGAAUUUUAAACAGUGGUAAGAUCAGGGCUAUUAUUUUCAGUGUGUAGAGCUUUCAAAGUGAGUGGUGUUAAGCAUUUGUUUUGGUGUAUUGGUUGUGCAGCUUAUUAAAAAUGGAGUGGGUAUUCUGUGAAAGGGUUUUGCCACCAGAAGUUUUAUUUUGUCGAGCCAUCUCCAACUAAGAAAUACUUGUAUGUAAUGGUGAACACUAGGAACUGACAAAGCUAUCUGCAGACUUUGUCUUGUCAAAGGAGCAGCCACGUUUAACACUUUGGAAU